GUUGCAGCCUGGAAGCCGGCGAGGUCGGUUCCGCCCGACUCUAAUAUGGCGGCGCCCUUUGUCUGCUCUGAAGUGCCGUCCCCGGCCUUCUCGCGGCCGUGAUGCACCUCCUUCGGCGGUGGGGUCCGGGACAUGGCAGGUGAUGAGCUGGAGGAGACGAGCCAAGCUGGAGUUGACGCAGAUAAACUGUCAGAAGAGAGUAGCCCAGGCUGCCUGGAAAUCUGAGCGAUGGAUUUCCCCCAGCACAGUCAGCAUGUCUUGGAGCAGCUGAAUCAGCAACGGCAGCUGGGGCUUUUGUGCGACUGCACUUUUGUGGUGGAUGGUGUGGAUUUUAAGGCCCAUAAAGCAGUUUUGGCAGCCUGCAGCGAGUACUUCAAGAUGCUCUUCGUGGACCAGAAGGACGUGGUGCACUUGGACAUCAGUAACGCGGCAGGCCUGGGGCAGGUGCUGGAGUUUAUGUACACGGCCAAGCUGAGCCUGAGCCCUGAGAAUGUGGAUGAUGUGCUGGCCGUGGCCAGCUUCCUGCAGAUGCAGGACAUCAUCACAGCCUGUCAUGCCCUCAAGUCACUUGCCGAGUCGGCCACCAGCCCUGACAGGAACCCCGAGGUCCUGGCCACGGAAGGGGCGGACAGGAGAGCUAAAGAGGAGAAGACGGCGGUCACCACAGUGAGCGAGCUGGAGCCCGCCAGCAGCAGGGCCCCUCACGGCCCAGGCAGGGAGCCCAAGGAGGAAAGAGGCGGCCAGGCAGAGAGCGCAGCCAGUGGUGCGGAGCCAACAGAGAAGGCCGAUGCCCCCCGGGAGCCCCAACCUGUGGAGCUCAAGCCCGACCCCACGAGUAGCAUGGCUGCUGCUGAAGCCGCCUUGUCUGAGAGCUCGGAGCAAGAGAUGGAGGUGGAGCCCGCCAGAAAAGGAGAAGAGGAGCGUGAGGAGGAGGAAGAGGAGGAGGAGGGUGCCCCACCUGCUAUGGUCAAGGAAGAGGGGCUGCAGCUGGAGAAGGGAGAGGCCCCUGAGGAGAGUGAGGAGUCAGCGAGCACAGACUCAGGGCAGGAGCUGGGCGCAGAGGCCCGGGGCCUGCGCUCGGGCACCUAUGGCGACCGGACCGAGUCCAAGGCCUAUGGCUCGGUCAUCCAUAAGUGUGAGGACUGCGGCAAGGAGUUCACGCACACGGGGAACUUCAAGCGGCACAUCCGUAUCCACACGGGUGAGAAACCCUUCUCCUGCCGCGAGUGCAGCAAGGCCUUCUCCGACCCCGCGGCCUGCAAGGCCCACGAGAAGACCCAUAGCCCACUGAAGCCAUACAGCUGCGAGGAGUGCGGCAAGAGCUACCGGCUCAUCAGCCUGCUGAACCUGCACAAGAAGCGGCACUCAGGCGAGGCGCGCUACCGCUGCGAGGACUGCGGCAAGCUCUUCACCACCUCAGGCAACCUCAAGCGGCACCAGCUGGUGCACAGCGGCGAGAAGCCCUACCAGUGCGACUACUGCGGCCGUUCCUUCUCCGACCCCACCUCCAAGAUGCGCCACCUGGAGACCCACGACACCGACAAGGAGCACAAGUGCCCUCACUGUGACAAGAAGUUCAAUCAGGUGGGGAACCUCAAGGCCCACCUGAAGAUCCACAUCGCAGAUGGGCCCCUCAAGUGUCGUGAGUGUGGGAAGCAGUUCACCACCUCAGGGAACCUGAAGCGGCACCUCCGGAUCCACAGCGGGGAGAAGCCUUACGUGUGCAUCCACUGCCAGCGGCAGUUUGCAGACCCUGGCGCCCUGCAGCGGCAUGUCCGGAUCCACACAGGCGAGAAGCCCUGCCAGUGCGUGAUGUGCGGCAAGGCCUUCACCCAGGCCAGCUCCCUCAUCGCCCACGUCCGUCAGCACACCGGGGAGAAGCCCUACGUCUGUGAGCGCUGCGGCAAGAGAUUUGUCCAGUCCAGCCAGUUGGCCAAUCACAUUCGCCACCACGACAACAUCCGGCCCCACAAGUGCAGCGUGUGCAGUAAGGCCUUCGUCAACGUCGGGGACCUCUCCAAGCACAUCAUCAUCCAUACUGGAGAGAAGCCUUACCUGUGUGACAAGUGUGGUCGAGGCUUCAACCGAGUGGACAACUUGCGUUCUCACGUGAAGACUGUGCACCAGGGCAAGGCGGGCAUCAAAAUCCUGGAGCCAGAAGAGGGUGGUGAGGUCAGUGUGGUCACUGUCGAUGACAUGGUCACACUGGCCACUGAGGCACUGGCAGCAACAGCCGUCACUCAGCUCACAGUGGUACCAGUGGGGGCCGCAGUGACUGCCGACGAGACAGAAGUGCUUAAAGCUGAGAUCAGCAAAGCUGUGAAGCAAGUACAGGAAGAAGACCCCAACACUCAUAUCCUCUAUGCCUGUGACUCCUGUGGGGACAAGUUCCUGGAUGCCAACAGUCUGGCGCAGCACGUGCGAAUCCACACGGCCCAGGCACUGGUCAUGUUCCAGACGGACGCAGACUUCUAUCAGCAGUAUGGGCCAGGCAGCACAUGGCCAGCUGGGCAGGUGCUGCAGGCUGGGGAACUGGUCUUCCGCCCUCGGGACGGGGCUGAUGGGCAGCCGGCUCUGGCAGAGAUGCCCCCCAGCGCCCCUGAAUGUCCACCGCCUGCUGAGUGAGCAGGUAUCCCUCCUCCUGCUUAUUUAAGGAUGGAUGGCACCCUGUAACUGAGAGGGGUGGCCCCAUCCUCUAGAGAGAAUAAAUUUGAUUAUUUUCUAA